GUCGAAUCAUAGAACAGCACAUCUCGAGCCAUAAUCUGGGGACGAUUUAUUGCGAAAUUGACCAGAACUUUGAUGUUUGUAGCCAUGUUGAAGCAUCAUGGAUUUCAAGAACAGGUCAGCCACUUGACAAUUGAGCUUAGCGCUAAGACGGUCUGACGCGAUCUUGCAAUAUCAACAACUACCCCUCCAACGCAAUUCACCCCACAACGCACACAUAAACAUCAGCACAGAAUGUCCAAAGAUUCAAACUAUACCUACAUCCACUUCAAUCGGCCGCGGGAUGCCGACAUUUUCGAAGACUUCUGCAAAGACAAGCUGCCCGACGACGAGAUCUACGUACCGCCUCAUAAUCAGCCUAUCAAUCCCGAAGAUGAAGAUGAUGUAGUUCCAGAUCAGCAUGCGGCGUUUGGCAUCCAGAGAGCGACGCAGAAGACGAAGGAGGCUGCUUGGAAGGAUUUGGGGCUGAAGGACUUGAUGAAGAAGGGGCCGGAGAGGGAGAAGUCGAAGACGUUUGCUAUUGGGAGCAAGAGUCUACCUAGAUGAGUGCCUCUGUGUGAUGGAUAUACUCAGGUCGGAGUUCUGGACGGGAUAUGGAUGUUUGGAGUUCUACGAAAGGUCUUCUUGCAGGCGUUGUAUGGAUAUUAUACGAUUGAUGACUCGGGUUCGAGGAUUGCAUAUCGUUACGGAUCGGGAACAACAAGAUUGUUAGUCAAAGUUGGUGAUGGAUUACAAGCAGCGAUGCGUUAUGAAUGAAUUCAAUAAGCAUUUCAGCAGAGCAAUCU